AUGGAAUUUCCUUUCGUUUAUAUCGAUCCACACGAACAGAAUGAAGACAUUGCCAAUAUUGCACCGUUUCUUGGACAUGCGCGUCGUAUUCUUGUCAAUAAUGCAAUAUCUGAUGAGAUGAAGAAAGCUGUAUUCGACAUUGCAAUGGAAUGUAUAACUGAUGUUAAGAGAUACUAUGAAGCCAAAGAAAAAGAAACACAGCUGCUCAAAAGGGACCCAGAAAUAGAAGAGAAGCUUUACCAAGCAGAACGGGAACUAGUGGAAAAGGAACGGAUCAAUAGUGGCUUACGGGCGUAUAUUCAGGAAAAGAAGCGUAACAUUGAGUUUUCUGAAUUGUCGCUAAAAAGAGGAUCAACAGCGUCAUAUACGGUGAUAGUUAUACUUAGGUCACGCACUAAGACGAGCGAUUUACUCCGCCAGCGGAAAGAGCUAGGGGAAGAAUACAAAAAGCUGACUAAUGAGGUUGAACGAAACAAUGCCGUGUGGGCUUCUUCUCUACAGACCGCUUGCAAGCAGAGAGAUAGGUUACAAGCGCUAAUGGACCAGUCACCUCGUUUAGCACAACAAAACAUCGAGCAAAAUGCUGUGACGGCGUUGGAGAUGCGUCUAGAAGAGUUGAAAUUGGAAUAUAACAAACUGGAACAGGAGGAAGCGCGGCUGAAAAAAGAAUUAGAGUUCCAAAUUGCUACUCCUUUGCGUGUUUUUAUGGUUAACUUCGCCAAAAUCACUCUUCGUACCUUAGAGAUGCAGGAAAAGCUCGGUGAAGCAAGGAAGAUCUUUGAACAACUAAAGGCUGAAGAAAUGGAAAGAAUAAAGUCAGGUGCCUCUGAAUAUGAUGCCUUUGAUGCGUCAUUUAUGUCGUUGGACUAUAACUUGAAAAAGGCUCCCGAUCAUGUUAUGCAAUGUGAGUUGCUCAGACCAACAGCUGUAUCGAAAACAGUAGAACCUGUAGACGAAGAAUCCAACUGUAGUGAAACACCAACAACCGGUAGCUCUAGCAAAUCACCACCUACAGAGCCUCCUCAAAAUACCGAAGAGGAUGUAAGGAAGGCUCGCACCGAUGCGGUUAAGAAUUAUGUGACCCAGCAAUCGGAGUCGAUUUCCAGGCAGGCUGAGUCACGCGGCAGUGGUUCUGGAGAGAAGGCUCGAAAUGAGGUUGAGCGCGGGUCUAUUUACAAUCUGCACAACAUUGAUCGAUCUCAUCGAAUGGAUGUCGAAGUAAUGAGGAUUACGGAUGAAAAGAAUGCGCAACCAGUCUUGGAUAAUGAUAAUGUGAACGAAAACGCUGACGAAGACAUGGACGUUAAUGGGAUUCAAGGAAUUAGUCGUGGAGAUUUCUCAGAUGAUGAUUUGGAUGAGGAGGAUGCGGCUGAGGAUGGUUGUGCUGCUAUGGAAGAAGGAAAUCAAGAUGAAACUAUUCAUGAGGAGGGCAUUGGAUCACAAGAAAGCGUUGACUCUGCUACAGAAGAGGCUAUCCUUCAUGAGAAUAAGGAAUGCAUAGGAACAGUGACGACUAUAUCGACGAAGGAUGCAUAUCAGCCACAUUCGUCCAGUGACAAGAAAGCAGCUUCCUCAUCAAAAUCGUUAGACGGCGUUCUUAAUGUUGCAACUCCAUCUCCUUGUAUUGGUGCAAGUCAAGAAACUGGUGCUUUCUUUAGCCCUUUGCUGAGUAGACCAACUUCUCCAAUACAGGAUGGAAUUCCGUUCACCUUUACCAGUGGUGCCAACGAUGAAGAAUUCGACCCAACUAUGGUUUUGAAUAUAAGUUCGCAUAGCAAUGAUCCUGGUGCCGAUUUUCUUUCUCUUAUGGAAUCUACGCAUGGGAGACGGGAACGAGACAGGCAAAGCGAAGGUUCUGGGUAUGCAGCGGCAGAGUUCUCCUUUUCAAUGUUUGGUGCAUCAGGUGAUAUAGAAGGAGCAUCGGAAGGGAUUGGUGGUGAUUUCGCUUUCGAUUUUGGUAAUCCGUCGCAAAAUGGAGAUGAGGGCGACGAUGGAUUUGAAUUCAAUUUUGGAGGAAUUUCUAACGAUAGCAAUUCGAAUGACAAGGAUGGUGGCUUCAAUUUUUUUGGCUUUUAG